UGGACCUCGCUGGCUCCUUGUUGUUGUUGCUGUUGCUGGUUCUCGUCCCUCCCCUCCAGCGCAUCAUCUUGCUUGGUCUGCGUGCUGAUAUGGGCAAGCCACCGCUGCUGGCUGCCAUUGCUGCAGCCGUUGUGUUCUUCGACACCUUGAGUUGCGCAUCAGGGUUCAUCAUCACGCCGACGGCUCUCUCGCUCCGCCGUUGCGGAUCAUGUUUUCCAACGAGCAACCUUAAAGCUGCCGAGGGAGCAACGGAAACUCCAGAAACAGAGUCAGAGACAACCGCACCUCCAGCAGCAGAGUCGGAGACUUCACCGUCCACCAGCCUUGGUCUUGCUCGCAGAAAGGCUGAGCUCAUGCGCCUCAUCCUGGGUACCAGCAUCGAGGAGAAGGAGUCCGCGGGGGCGGCCGAGGAGGUGGACGCCAUAAUCGGCGAAUUGGAAACCCUGAAGCGAGGGUUUCAGGAGGACAGCGUGAACGGGGAGUGGGUGCUGUGCUUCACCAGGAAUUCGGAGGGCUCUCCAUCGCUGCAGAAGGCGUUGCCAGGCGACCGAGGAUUCCAGAACUUCGACGUGAAAGCAAAGCAGUUUACCAACAUCGUAAGAGUGUGGGGGGGCAAGCUCAAAGUCGUCGCCGAUGUCGGGUACGAGAUCCGCCCCGAGGAGCCGAAUAAGCUGGUGUCAACCAUCGUGGGAGCGGGCGUUAACCUAGGGCCGGUCCGGGUACCGCUGCCCCUAACGGGGCGGGUGGGCUACCUCGAGUUCACCUAUCAAGACAACGACAUCCGAAUCACCAGGGGCAACAGAGGCGGUUUGUUCUUGCACAUGCGGCCCGGCAGCGCAUUUCCUCUGGAUUCCGAGGAGGGGUGAAGCGAGCUAGCCGCGAGGAACGAAUAGAGGAGGCGGUUCCUGGAACCGUUCCGGGUAUUGUUCCCCCCGGUGCCGGCGGCGACUUCCCGCGUUGUCCUUUUUUGGCGGGGCGGUGCUCAAGACGUCGUGCGUGCGAAACGUGACACUUUCCUCUUUGUUCCUGAAAAAAGUGUGUUGUGUAUCCCGCGCCUUUAGAUUGUCUUUCAACGGCGGGACCUCUCGCUCGUUGUUUCU